UCCUGUUUGACACAAACCAGCUUGAACGAGGGGCGUGCAGCAGCUUCAUUGAAGUCAGCGGAUUUCCCCAGGAGAGGGAAGGCAAGGACAGAAGCGAAAACAGGAGGCCGUUCAGUCUGUACUGGCACGUUUUGAUCAGUCCCACUCGCUCUGCCCUUGACCCAUUCCCCCUGCAAACGUUCCGAGGUUAUUUUCGGCACGGUUUCCACCAUUGGGAUUUGUUCCCACCCUUGGAGGCACCGUAAGGGAAUGUUCUGGAGGAAGGCCGUGAUGUCUAGCAGGCACAGAACCCAAGCCUUGCAACUAUCUCUGCUCUUCAUUGUUCUAACCAGUUUCAGCUUCAUGGUGCACACAAUUUCCUAUUACUUAACUGGAAGUCACAGUUCACAAAUCCCGCUAGAAUCUCCCUGCAUUCCCAAGAAGAACCUGGUCUUCCUGAAGACCCACAAAACAGCCAGCAGUACCAUCCUGAACAUCCUGUAUCGGUACGGUGAAGCCCACAACCUCACGUUCGCUCUGCCCUUUUACGACCACUUGGGCUACCCUGAAAGGUUCAAGGCGGGAUACGUCAAAAACUUCGACAUGAAUCGCCCUGGCCAGUUCAACAUCCUGUGCAACCACAUGAGGUUUUACCACCCGGAGGUGAAGAAGGUGGUGCCGAGCGAUUCGUUUUACUUCUCCAUCGUCAGGGAUCCGAUCCGACUGGCCGAGUCCUCCUUCGCCUAUUACCGCUUCUACUCGCCAGCUUUCAAGAAGGCCGACAGCCUGGAUGAGUUUGCAGCUUCUGCCGAGAGUAACUAUAAGGGCCUGGAGCUGAACAACCACUACGCCCGCAACCUCAUGUGGUUCGACUUCGGCCACGACAACAACAUGGAGGACGUGCCCGGUUACGUCAACACCAUCCUCGCCCAGCUGGACCGGAUCUUCGGCCUGGUGCUGGUCGCCGAGUACUUCGACGAGUCGCUGAUCCUCCUCAAGGAGGCGCUGUGCUGGAACUUGGAGGACGUGGUCUACUUCAAGCUCAACGCCCGCUCCAGCAACUCAGUUGCACCAAUGAACGCCAGCACGAUGGAGAGGCUCCAAGCCUGGAACCACCUGGACUGGAGACUGUACAGCCACUACAAUGCCUCGUUCUGGCAGCGGGUCUCCAAUUACGGCACCCAGAAAAUGGAGAGGGAUGUGGCCCAGCUGAAGGCCCUGAGCCACCGCCUGGCCUCCGUCUGCCUCCAGAUCAACAACUCCACCGGCUUUGGGGCAUCGAAGCCCAUGGCCCACGCCGCUGGUACUGCAAAGCUCCUGGGCUACGUGUUGAAGGCCAACCUCAGCGGUGAUGACUUGGAGCUCUGUCACCGUAUGGUACUCCCCGAGAAGCAACACCUCACCCUCUUGCAGAGGAGGCAGUACCCAAAGACUCCACCCGUGGGGAAAUAGUUGAAAUGAAGAAUGACUGGGGUUCCACCUGAGGAAGAUGGGCCAAAUGGCCUGGAUGAGUGCCGCAAAUGUUCAAGCUAAUGCUCGGUGAAUGAUUGGAGAGGCGUGGCAGGGUCUCUGAGGUGAUGGCAUGUAAAUGGGGAGCAUGGACAUUGCGGGAUAACAGGCAUCCGGUGACAAAGGUGGCACCAGGUGAAGACAGCUCCACCAAAAUGGACAACAGGUGCAGGAAAUGUCAUUAUCUGUCCAUAGCUUUGGGAAUGUUAAGGUGGAGGGGACGUCAUAAAAAUGAAGUUCUUCCUCUAGUUACACAGACUCUCUUUUGUGUAACACAGCCCUUUGCCUUCUGCUGUUGCUCUCGAAAAUUAAUUAAUUGUAAAUAAAUUCAAUUCACUAUUUUAA